AUGCUCUGUGAACUCUGCGAUCAGAUCCCAUUCGGGGAGUUACCAUCAGAAGAGCAAGACGCUUUACCGCAUCAUGCCAGCCUCGACGCCUUAGAGGCCUCGAAAGAGUCAUGCGCGAUAUGCAGGCUCGUCUGGUGGGCGGCAGGCUGCUCCUUGAUGGAUAUUGGUGGCAUGGUGGCAUUCAGACCUGGCGUGGAAUACCCUUCAGGCCGCAGAAUUAUGACACGAGAGACCGAGAGCAAUUAUAGCUCCCUAGGAAGUUUACGUGCCAUGGAGAAUGGCGCAUCCAUGUUUGACAAUUCCGGCCCAGAACCUGACCUCCGCGAGCCAGCCUUUUUGGAUCCUCGCGAGCGCUUUCCAGCUGAGGAGGAGAGCAGUGGCAAGAUUCGACCAUGGCUCUUUGGCAGCUGGUACAAGUCCCCCUUCACAGAUCGACCGCUUCAGUUGAUAGGUCUCGGUGUGAGGCUGGGUACAGGACCUAGUGUGGAAGAAGCUGAGGGCAAUAGCAAUGAGAAUGUUCGCAUGAGAGGGACAUUCCUCAGGAUCCGUACAGACGACGAUGCCGACCUGGCUAUAACAGUCCCAGGCCGGCUUCGAACGAAUCAUCAAGGUUCUGCGAUCGCUCUACAGCGAAUCAAGACGUGGUUGAAAGAUUGCAAUGCCGGCCACGACUGCAAUCGAAGUCAUUCCUGUUCAGACAAACCUUCGUCACCACCAUUACCGACUCGAGUCCUCGACGUCAAUGGUUCAGGAGAUACUAUUCGGCUCGUGGAGACCAGUGGCCGGCACGGACACUACGUAGCCCUCAGCCAUUGCUGGGGGCUCUCGCACCGCAUUACAACAACAAAGAAGACAUAUGCAGACCACUGCAAAGGUAUCUCGCUCGAUGGGUUACCGGCAACUUUCCAACAAGCUGUCACCAUUACUCGCGAGCUUGGGGUUCCCUUUCUGUGGAUUGACUCCCUAUGCAUCAUACAGGAUGACGAUCUUGACUGGGAAAUGGAGGCUUCCAGGAUGGGCAUUGUCUACUUUGCUUCUUACCUGAAACUGUCAGCUAUGAGCUCAGCAGAUGACUCCUCUGGUUGCUUUCGCGAUGGGUCGAAGCCACUGGAAGUGACCAACUCCAGACCAUACAUCUCCGUCGAUACUCUGUCCACAGGAAGACGAUGCAUACCGCUUGCGGCGCCUCUGGUGGUAGACUAUACAGGUGAUGGGGUUGUCUGCAGGACAUUCAAUAACAUGUUCGGCAUGCGUGGUACCCAGAAAUCUCGAGUAUACAUCACGCCGGAAUGGAUGCCAUCAUCUCUGAAACAGAAACCAAGGAUAUAUGUUGUUGGAAGCUUUGGGGCAACGGUCCAGCCAUUGAAGCACGAGCCAUUGAACAAGCGCGGAUGGACACUUCAGGAGCGACUGCUUUCUCCGCGAACAUUGCACUUUGGAACCGAGGAGCUCUACUGGGAAUGCGAGCAAUAUGUGCUGGCCGAGGAUGGUGCCCUUUUGUGUAGAGAGUUUCCAACGUUAUCGAGGGUCAUUUUCAGGCUCGAAUUUCAAAGCAAUGCAACCACCUGGCCCAAUGUCUGGCUAAGUCUGGUUGAAGAAUACACUUCUCGCAACCUGACACGAGACAACGACAAGCUGCCUGCUCUGUCCGGUAUUGCGAACACUGUGGGCACUCUGACAAGGGACGAAUACCUCGCUGGUCUCUGGCGCAACGAUCUUCUCCAACACCUUUGCUGGUCAAUAGAGACGUUCGAACCAACUCAUCAGUGUAGUGACCCAGCACACGACGCGGCAAUGCCUCCCCCGACCAAGUCAGAGGUGAGGUAUCCGCCGAAAUAUCGCGCACCAUCUUGGUCUUGGGCCAGCCUGGACGGCAAGGUGAAUUUCCAUCCUCUGAAUAGAAAGAAUCUGAGGGCUCGGUGUAUCUGCGCACAUGUUGAUAUUGCGGGGAAAGAUCGAUACGGCAGGGCCAAGAAGGGCUGGAUCACGCUGGAGGCCCCGCUAUACCUCCUCCAAGCCGCCAAAUCGGAUGCAAAAUAUCGCAAACUCCACCCAAUGUCGACCGAAGUGGACAUUCUUGUUGCCGGCAACACCAAGGUGGCAGCAGUGCAUGGCCGCGGCUCCGCAACCUUUGACGACAAGCCGCAUUUCCCCAGUUUCGCCCUCAUGAUCGACGGUCAGCGAGGCCUAGUCCUCAAGGCUAUAGAGCCUUGGGAGUUUGUCAGGAUUGGGACAGUCAUGUAUGGGCCCAUGCAAAGAGGUGGGAGGGCCGAUGAUGGUAAUAACACUGUGGAGGAUAACGAGUCUGCCGAGCUUGUGAAUGGUGGAGGCUACUCGGCAGCGGAAAUCACUGCACUAUCGAUAGCAAAGGGGAUGGCGCAGAAGAUCACCAUCUAUUGA